AUGUCUGUACAGAAACGCAAAACUGCAGCAGCAGCUGUGCUAGUGCUUCUGCUUUGCGAGGACGAAAGCCUUCCCAAGAAAACGCGACCUUGUGUCAAGCCGUAUAUUCAGAAGCGCGAGCAGACCGGAGCGCACGAUUCGCUCACACGGGACCUCCUGAAAGACCCGAACGAGUUCCGCCGGUACCUGCGGAUGACGCCCGAAGUUUUCCAGCGUCUUGCUGAUGGAAUUCGGGCCGAUGUCCAAAAGCAAGACACCGUCAUGAGGGCGGCGAUUUCCGCGAAGGAGCGGCUCGAGAUGACGCUCCGUUUCCUCACAAGUGGAGAUUCUCUCAGGUCUUUACAUUACCAGUACUUGCCAGGACACAGCACUGUGCACAGCAUUGUGUACAGCACGUGCGCUGCACUGUACAACUACCUGAGACAGCAACACAUAGUUCUGCCAAAAGCUUCUUCCGAGUGGAGAGGUGUGGCUCGAAGGUUCGAGGAAAUAUGGAAUUAUCCGCACUGCCUUCAAGCGAUUCAUGGAAAGCACAUCAAUAUGUUUGCCCCACCAAACACUGGAUCUGAAUAUUUUAACUACAUCGGAAAUUUCAGCUUGGUGUUGCUCGCUGUGGUGGACGCAGACCUGAAGGCCAUAUAUGUAGAUGUCGGAACGAGUGGAAAGACGUACGACUCCACCACGUUCAAGAAGAGUGCAUUCUAG